GAUUAAGCCGGGCCAAAAUUCGGCCAGCGGUUCAAGUUCCACUUGCAUCGAAGAUUUUCGACUCAGACCUCUGCAGGUCUCAUGUCACCACAGGUAGCCAGCUUGAGCCCCAUCGAGUCGGCCUGCCUGCCCGUCUGCCUGGGACCGUGACAAGCCUUCUCGGCGUGUCAACACAAUGCUCCGCAGCACGGCCCGGCGCGCUGCGAAAGCUGCGACCAACCUCGCGCAGUACCCGAAGCCCGGCGAGCAGCUGCACGGCUUCACGCUGCUCCGGGCGAAGCAUGUUCCCGAGCUCGAGUUGACGGCACUGCAUCUGCGGCACGACAAGACCGGGGCCGAGCACCUGCACAUCGCUCGCGAUGACAGCAACAAUGUCUUCUCGAUUGGCUUCAAGACGAACCCGCCGGACGACACUGGCGUCCCGCACAUCCUGGAGCACACCACGCUCUGCGGCAGCGAGAAGUAUCCUAUCCGCGAUCCGUUCUUCAAGAUGCUGCCGCGGACCCUGUCUAAUUUCAUGAACGCGUUCACCGCGUCGGACCACACCUUCUAUCCCUUCGCCACCACCAACGCCCAGGAUUUCAAGAACCUCAUGUCCGUCUACCUCGACGCGACUCUCCAUCCCUUGUUGAAGGAAUCCGACUUCACACAGGAGGGGUGGCGCAUUGGGCCCGAGAACCCCCAGGCGCUCGCCACCGGAGCCGAGGUCAAGCCCGAAGACCGGAAGCUCGUCUUCAAGGGCGUCGUGUACAACGAAAUGAAAGGUCAAAUGUCCGAUGCCGGCUAUCUAUUCUAUGUCAGGUUCCAGGACCACAUCUUUCCGGACAUCAACAACUCCGGCGGCGAUCCCCAGAAGAUCACCGACCUCACUUAUGAGCAGCUCAAAAAUUUCCACGCACAGCACUACCACCCGAGCAAUGCCAAAUUGUUCACGUACGGUGACAUGCCACUAGCAGAUCACUUGCGUGAGAUCGAUGCGCAACUUAGCGCUUUUGAGAAGAUCAAAGGCGAUCCGACCAUCCAUCGCCCCAUCGAUCUCAGUAGCGGCCCGAGGGAGGUCCGCCUAGUCGGCCCCGUGGAUCCGUUGGUGGACUUGAAUAAACAAUUCAAGACCUCUGUGUCGUGGGUGCUCGGGGAUACUUCGAAUGUCGUCGAAUCCUUUUCCUUGGCGCUAAUCUCCGCGUUGUUGACGGACGGCUACGGCUCGCCCCUGUACAAGGGUCUCAUCGAGACCGGUCUCGGCACCGACUGGAGUCCCAAUUCCGGCUAUGACAGCUCCGCCAAGGUUGGGAUAUUUUCGAUCGGCUUGACCGGCGUUCAAGAGGCGGACGUGCCCAAGCUCAAGCCCACUGUGCAAGAAAUCCUCCGCAGCGUGCGCGAGAAAGGUUUUGAGCGCUCAAAAAUCGACGGCUAUCUCCACCAGCUCGAGCUCAGUCUUAAGCACAAAACGGCCAAUUUUGGCAUGUCGCUACUGCACCGGCUGAAGCCCAAGUGGUUCACGGGUGUUGAUCCGUUCGAUUCGCUCGCCUGGAAUGACACGCUUGCUGCCUUCGAGAGAGAGUACGCGAAAGGAGGCUACCUCGAAGGUCUGAUGGAUAAGUACUUGCUUAAUGACAACACUUUGACCUUCACGAUGGCGCCGUCUCCCGAUUUUGUGCAGGAGUUGGCGAAGGAGGAAGAAGCCCGCCUGAAAAGCAAGAUCUCCAAGGCCAUCGAGAUCGCGGGGAGUGAGGAGCAGGCGCAGGCCGCUCUCGAAGCACGGGAGCUGGCAUUGUUGGCCGAGCAGGCCAAAUCCAACACCGAAGACCUCAGCUGCCUGCCCAGCGUCCAUGUUCAAGACAUCCCGCGCCAAAAGGAGCCUGUGGUUUUGCGGACCGAGACUGUGGGCGAGGUCAAGCUCCAGUUGCGGGAGGCGCCCACAAACGGUCUGACCUACUUCCGGGCCAUCAACACGCUAGAGAACCUGCCCGAUGAACUUCGCUCUCUCAUUCCCCUGUUUGCGGACUCGAUCAUGCGCCUCGGCACGAAAGACAUGACCAUGGAGCAACUUGAGGAUCUCAUCAAGCUGAAAACCGGCGGCGUGUCCGUUGGCUACCACUCGGCGUCGCGCCCGACGGACUACACGCAAGCCAGCGAGGGUCUCGUCAUCUCUGGCAUGGCUCUCGACCGCAACGUACCGGCCAUGUUUGACCUGCUGCGCAAACUGAUUGUCGAAACCAACUUUGACAGCCCGGCGGCUGCCCAGCAGAUCCGGCAGCUUCUGCAAGCGGCCGCCGAUGGCGUCGUCAACGACAUCGCCUCGUCCGGGCAUGCCUAUGCUCGAAGGGCCGCGGAAGCGGGUCUGACCUGGGACGCCUUCCUCAGAGAGCAAGUCAGCGGUUUGUCGCAAGUAAAGCUGGUGACAAGCCUGGCAAACCGGCCGGAAUCAGACCAGCUCGAAGACGUCAUCGCGAAGCUGAAGACGAUUCAGCAGAUCGCGCUUGCGGGCACCAUGCGAGCCGCCAUCACUUGCGAUCGCGAGAGUGUCGCCAGCAACACCAGCGCGCUUUCCGGCUUUUUGGGCUCGCUCCGCCCCGGCGAUGCAAAGUUCCCUCCCCGACGGACUGAGCAGUUUGCAAGAAACAUCAAGUCGUUUUACCCCCUGCCGUAUCAGGUGUAUUACGGCGCGCUUGCCCUGCCGACGGUGUCCUACACGUCACCUGACGGAGCCCCUCUCCAGAUUCUCGCCUCUCUGCUGACUCACAAGCACUUGCAUCACGAGAUUCGCGAGAAAGGCGGGGCAUACGGCAGCGGAGCAUAUUCUCGCGCUAUCGACGGCAUCUUCGGCUUCUAUUCAUACCGCGACCCGAACCCGCUUAACACCAUAAAGAUCAUGCGGGACGCCGGCCGGUGGGCUGUUGACAAGAAGUGGUCGGACCGCGAUCUUGAAGACGCCAAGAUCUCCGUGUUCCAGGCUAUUGACGCCCCUCGAGCAGUCAACGAAGAGGGCAUGAGCAACUUUGUCUACGGCAUCACCGAGGAGAUGAAGCAAAAGCGUCGAGAACAACUCCUCGACGUCACCAAGGACCAAGUUCGAGAGGUCGCGCAGAGGUACAUCGUCGAUGCGCUUAGCAGAGGCGCCGAACGGCUCGUCUUUUUGGGCGAGAAGCGGGACUUCGUCGACGAGUCAUGGGAAGUCACCAACAUGGACAUCAACGGAACGCCGUAACGGCAGCAUAUGAGUGUCAACCAAGCACUCGAACGGCGAGCCGUCAUGUACUUUUUUUGUAACUGAACAUGUACAACAACACGCAUACCGAUGAUACCCAUCUCUAACACACAGGCCACGCCACCUGAUCAUACUCUGCAGCACUGCCACCAUCCGGGACCGUUUAACCCCCUGAUGACUGAUGACUGCCAUCAGCC